CGCACCAGCAGCUAGAACCACUGCCUGAUUCUGCUCCAGCCAGUCCAACGGUUCAUAAAUAGUCCUGAAGAAACCAGUGCGUGCGUGUGUGUGUGUACGUUUUUCCGAUCCGAUCCGGCGGUGCACGGCGGCAAGUGUCUGUUUGUCGUUUGUUUUCAUCCGUUACUCCACUCGGUGCAUUAUCCCCUCGUGUGUUUCCGUGUUUUGGUUGCGUGCAGUUGCACCUAGCGCUGAGCGUUACCUGCACUUCGGUGUGUUUGUUCAGUCGUUAAUGCACCGAACACGGCGCACAUCGUUGUUACCUGUUUUAAAGAGCGCAGGCAGAUCAUAAAAGAGUGGUUUUUAGAAAUAACAACAAGAAAAUCGAGAGAAAAUAUUUUUAGUGCAAGGCGUGUGAAUUGAUAUUGUGUGCAAAAUUGCAGUGUUUAAAGUGUUUGAUUUGUUGUUCUAUAUAUGGUUUGUGUUGUUUAAAGUGUUUUUUGUUUCCCGUUUCUCAAUCGCAUCGAAAAAAUCGAAAAGAAAUACUUAUCAAACUCAUCAGCGCAUAAUGGUCAGCUUGGAAAGGGUUGUUAUUCUCUGGCAGAUCAUAGCUUAAUGUUGAUCCAGGAGGAGGUCCCCGACGCGUCCGUCACACAGCAACGCCACACGAACGAUCCACAAUGCACGACGCCCGUCCUGUCAUGAGAACCUUCGCUGGCAUAACGUAGUUUUGUUGUGUGUGUGUGUGGCAAGGCCUAACCGGGGGUGUAGGGCAAGUUCCGGCUCCCGGAAGCAAACGCAAACGAGACGGACGACGUGACGCUUCCGUUACUCUUCGCCCCAUGACGACCGCAAGAGGAACGACGGGGCGUUCCGAUACUUUACCGAGUGUGACUAUCACCAGAAGAAGACUGUGCAGCAGCAGGUGUAUUGCGGUGGUGGGCACGGUUUGGUGCGGGCUGGACGUGUAAGUCGGGAAAACACUUCGGAGACGGGGUGGUUCUGGCCGCGCUCAUCGGGACCGAUAUCGGGAACGGAAGUGUCGGGAAACCUGACGUUCGUUGGCGUCGGAACGUUCCGCCGGCAAAAACGUCAAAACCAUCAUCGUUAACAUCGUUCGGGGGAGCACGGGAGAGAUAGGUGACAGGACGUGUUGCUCUGUACCGGAAGGCAUCAACAGUGGAGGUGUCCCACCCCCGAUACCACCGGGCACCGGGCGGCCGGUGCGAUGGAGCUGAAGGUAUGGGUCGAAGGAAUACAACGUAUCGUGUGCGGAGUCACGGAAGUCACCACGUGUCAGGAUGUCGUGUUCGCAUUGGCACACGCCACCGGCAAAACGGGACGCUUCACGCUCAUCGAACGGUGGCGCAAUAACGAGCGUCUGCUAGCACCACAUGAGAACCCGCUCAAGAUCCUUAUGAAAUGGGGCGAAUACUCAAGUGAUGUGCAGUUUAUCCUGCAGCGAUCCGAUCAGCAGCAACAGCAGAAGAAAGAUGCCCAACAGCAACAGCAGCAGCAACAUCAAACGCCGCCACCAUUAACGCAAGCUCCCCAGUCCCAGCAGCAGCUACUGCGCCAGCAGCAGAAGCUAAAUCAACUCAACAACAAUCAUAUCGGUGCGAACGGUACCGUAACGACGAAUGGGAAGCACAGCAGUCCGACGUCACCGACAAGCCCCAACGGCAACGGUGGUGUCCUGAGCACGCAUAACCAUAUCAACAAUAACAGCAGUCAGCACUAUGCGCACCAUCCGAGCAAUGGUGACGAGCAGCCGCCACAUGCAAAAAGCAAACUUCAUCAAAACAAUCUUAAAAACAGCGCCAACAACCAACUUCAUCUGCACGUGCAUCACCAGCAGCAACAUCACCACCAGCACCAGCUAUCGUCGGCAUCGUCCACCUCGUCCACCGACCACCAGCAUCGGCCACAUCAGCAGUCGAACGGCGUCGGUGCGUUAAUUCGAACCGGAAAUGAUCCUUCAAACGGCUCGGCAAGUGGUGGUGGUGGUGGUGGUGGUGGUGGUGGGGCAGGGGUGGCGGCAACGGUAAAGCAAUCGGAAUUGAUCAUCUCAAGCAGCAAUGGGAGUAGCAGUACGGGUGGAGCCCUCGAGCGUGGCAAGGAAACGAGAAAAAGUCUCAAUUCGUCCGGAUCGAGCGGCAAGACGGAACAGCAGCAGCAGCACCAUCAUCAUCAACAGCAGCAGCAGCAGCAGCAUCAACAGCUGCACCAUCAGCAAUCUCAGAAGCAUCAAGCGCAGACGAACCAGCAGACGCAAAACGUUGGCAUCGUGCGGGGCAUUGUCCAGCACCAGCAAAAGUUCAACCACGUUCAGCGCCAUUCGCCCAGCUCGACGACGGUUACGCUGGCGAAGGGUGGCGUCUCCACCACGGUGACCACCACCAGUGACCACAGCACCAGCAGCAACAGUAGCACCAGCAGCAGUGUGAGCAGCACGGCCAGCUCGAGCUCGAACGCGUCCUCAAACAAUACGAGCACGAGCAGCGGAAUCGGCAGUAGCGGUGCAUCCGCAGCCAGUAGUGGCCAUCAUCAUGCGACGCAACAGCAGCAUCAGCCAUCACCAACGGGUCCGACAACGACGUCGCCAUCCGCCGUGGAAGCAACGUACGCUAGCGUCAUCAAGAAACCCAAAUCACACGCAACGGCGCCGGCGACGUCGUCGGCAACGACCACGUCCAACAACAAUGCCGGCGGUAACAAUGUGGUCGGCGAAUUUAAUGCAGCUGAUUUGCGCAGCUCGCUCGACCGCAAGGUAAACGGGCUCGUGUUUAGUAACGGGUUGAACGAGCGCGUAACGCAUCCACCGUCGUCGACGUCACCUUCGGGGGCCGGACCGCAGCAACCACCGGCCGCGACGAGCAGCGUUAUCGUCGGCGCCACACUGAAACCCGACCAUCAUCUGCUGCUGCACCAUCACCACCAUCACGGUACGAUGGGCCGGCACUAUCACCACACGCAGCUACAGAAUCUGCUCUGCACGGACAAUCAGAACCAGCUGGACACGAGUAGCGUCAGCAGUAUCAGCAGCUCGAGCGUCGGCGAGCGUGGCAACAACUCCAGCAACCAUCCGUCCCUGCUGAACGGUAGUAGCUCCACGACCAAUUCGCCCAUCACGGGCAUCUCCUCGAACGGGGCGCUCGUGCCUCCACCGUACCGGGAUCCACCGCCGCCCCGGAACAGCCCGCUAUCGCACACGCUUACCAGCCUCAGCAGUACCGGCAGUGGUACGGGGAGCAGCAGUACCCAGGGAAGGCGGCAGGAGACCGGCGGCAGUAACCUUACCGGUGGUUCAUCGUCAGCAUCUUCGACCGUGUCGUCGCUGGUGGUGGUAGGUGCCAGCGGGACGGAAGAGAUACUGGUGGGUAGUGCCACGGACAACAGUAUACCGCACGUGACGGGAUACCGGGAGCUGAUGCAGCUGAUCAAGUUACAGCGCGAGAAAAUCAAUACCCAGCAGGCGGACCUUUCGAAGCAACUCAGAUGUUCGAUUGCGUACGAUUCGGAGAUCGUGUACCUGGAGACCCGGAGUCGUGAGCAGACCGAUCAGCUCGAUGCGAUCACGCAGGAGAUCAACAAAACGGAGCAACAGUACCGGCAGACGAGCGAUCAGCUACAGACGUACCAGUACGUGGAGGAGGAAAGCGAGCUCGUCCGGCAGCAGGAGAAAACGCUCAAGUCCGAGAUUACCCUGCUGCGGUCAAAGCUGGCCAACUGUGAGACGGAGCUGCUGCAGUGCAAGAACAAGAUCCGGCUGCUGAUGGACGAAAUCUUGGUGGAGCAGCGCAAGUAUAGCCGACAGUACGAUCCGAACCGACAACAGCUGUUGGAGCGGGCUCUAAUGUGUGAAGUUGACAGGCUGCAGGUGGAGAUCGACCUGGCGGUCCAGAGCGCGGACCAGGCGAACAAGGCGCACGAGAAGCUGAAGGGCGAGGUGACGCUGCUCGAGGGUGCGAUCACGGACAAGAAGAAGCAGGUCGAGAAGCUGGUGCACGAGAUGAAGGAGGUGAAUCUGCAGAGUUUGGCGGUGGUACCGCCGGCGGACGAGGUGCGCCACUUGCUGGAAGGUGAGUCCGCCGACUUUGGCUCGGUAAAACCGGGCAGUACGCGACGCAUGAUUGGAUCCCCGCGGCAGCUGGAAAAUGCGGUUCCGACGAGCAAAAAUCCGCACGGCGUUUGGGUUUGAGGAGGAGGAGGGCAGGGGUUGGCGCCAAUGGUUUCUUCCUUCCUUGGGCCGCCAGAUUGCCGCCGGAUGCUUUUCGCCAUUUUUUCGCCCGGUGGCGGCAACGACCCAGGCAACAACUACGGAGGCGGAUAUUAUUCUUGUAAUCAAAACGAUAUGGUAACCAUUCUCAAAAUGUGAUAAUUCGUUGGUAAGCGAGCGCAACAGUGCGCAGUACAGUGAAAGUCGGGAGGCAACAGAGCGUUUGAAGGAACGCUACCAUUUAGACGAAAGCGAAUGUAACUGAAUGAACAAAAAAAACGGGCGCAUAACAAACAAUACACACACGCGCGCAUACCGGUGAAAACGGAAAUAGCUUCCCGGGUUUUGCCUUUGCUCCUCCCGUUUCGUUGUCUCCCCCACAGAAGGAACUUCCUGUGUGCCGUCGUUGGGAAGUAUUUCCGGCAGCGAAAAGACUUACGAGUCAAACUGGAAAGCGAGAGGGAAUAGAAUAUUUUGGGUCCAAAAAUGAAUGCUUCAACGAUGUGCAAGAUCACGUGCGAUCGUAAGAGUGGAAGGCACGAAGGAUGUUCCUUCUGAUAGAGGGACACUGUUAGGAAAACGAGGGAAUUGUUAAAUAAGAAAAAAGCUAGCUUUAAGACGCUUUAUGGGCCGCUAUCGCUGUAAGCUGUUGAUCCAGAGCAUUAAGUUGUUAUUGCACUACUCAAACAACCACCACAACAAUCGUAUGCGACGCGGACUAAAGUUGUAUAAGGUGUGGAUGCCAUUUUACUCGUAAUCUCACUGCUCACGUGCUGAGUGUCGUUCGAAUUGUUCGUUAAUUCGAAAAGAAAGCGCUUAACACACACUUCUUGCCUACUUCCUGUAUCCGUAUGUGUGUGUGUGUUUUUAAAUUGUUUUUGUUUAUAUUUAUUAUAAAUUGUACCAAUAGGUUCAUUCUGACUUUUCUGCAAACUGCGACCUCUUGCCAACUACCCGGGGGAUCGGGAUACUCAGCGUAAACGGCACGAACUAGCAACAUGCACCCCCUUCUUGUUCCAUUGUGUUUUAUUGCCAUCAAGUGUUUCACAAACACACAUACGCAUGUGGCGCACACAAGCACACCAGGUUUGUGCCAGCUAAAAGGAGCGUAUUAAUGCACGGCGGAAACUGAGUUUUCCUUCUUUUAAUCCCCGGGUCGCCCACACACACACACGCACGCAUGGAUUUCAGAACGGAACUGUGCAAUUUUCCAUUCCAAAACAUACACACACGCGCAUACGUUUCCCAUUUAAAUAAAAUCCACCAAAUCCGGGCACACGUGGUGGGGGCGAUGCAGCUUUUGAAACAGCCUUCAAAAGGAAUGCAGAAGUAAGCGAUUGUUUUUAAUUCAUCGGUGCGAGUGUGUGAGGCCGUUCGUUGCCGUUUUUAAGCACUUUAAGCAGUUAAAGUUAGUGGAGGAAAAAAAAUGCAAUAUAAGCGAUACCUAGAUUUCAUACUACACUACUUAACGUCUAGCUUAAGUGAAAAUAUGUUUUAAUUUUUGUUUUAAAAGGGGAGUUUAAAAGUUUUGCUUCGUGUGCUCAUUUCCGCUCGGCUUUCGACACAUCUAAUGUGGUCCCAUUGUGCGAUACUUACUUAAAAGAGGAGAGGGUCCUUCUUACUUAAGCCAACAGACAUGCCUUUUUUUGGUUAGGACAUGUUCAGCUGUUAUUAGUAAUAGUAAGCGGAUCGGUUAUAGUGAGUACUUAAGCGCAAAACAGGCGAACAGUGAACAAGAAAACAACAACAAAUCACACCAACAACAGCAUUAUCAAAUGUUGAACCACGUAACUUAAACCACCUGUUAGGUUAGGAAUAGUUCUUUGCCUGUUGCUCCUCGUUCCGUGUAUGUGCGCAUUUAUUUCUAUCCUCCCGGGGGAUAACAGACAAGUUGGGUGAUUAGUAUGUCACGGCUGAAAGAAUUAAAUCUAUUUACGGGUUUUUUAACAACUUCAAAGGAUUAAUAUAUUUUUGUAUUUUUUUUUUAUUCAUGAAGAACGGCCGUAUUGCUAGAUUUUUGUCUAAAACAUUUUUAAUUUGCUAAAUUAAUACAGGAUUUACCGAAGUUUAUUGGCGCUUUUCCGUUACUAGUUUCCGUUACCGUUACUAUAUUGUAAAUGCAAUAUUCAAACUUCAUUUCGCUCAGGAAACGGUUUCAAUAUUUCGAACGAUUUUUGGUUUUACAUCUACCUUCUCAUUCAGGCUCGAUUGAAACACACAUAUCAACAGUAUAUAGUUUGAGAGACUUUUUGAUAAUUACUUUCCAUUGCCUUUAAAGCAGUAAACUUAUUAAAGACACCCGUUUUGUGUACCUUAAACUUAUCAAAAAAAAAAAAACAAUACACAUGUCGAAAAGCUAUAUCAUGUAAAUGAAACACCAAAAACAAAAACUAGCAAGCGAAACACAUAAUCAAGAUGUCUAAAUUAUAAUACAAAAACAAACCAAAACUGCAAAAAGAACAGAUGAAGGCAGUGUACACCUGAUGAUGGAGCCGCCAUACACUGCACAACUCACAGAGGAUUUCGAGGAUAAGCGUGAAAAGCUUCAAAAUGUGUGUGUGUGGGCAAUUGCAGUCAUUUGAAGUACUGCUGCACUGUGGUUGGAAAAAGCGCGGAAAAACUGCUCCUUUAGAAAAAAACAAAACGAAACGAAAGCGCAAAAGGACAGUAUAAGGAUAAACAAACUCUAUAUAAACAAGCGGGAGAAACUAACAAAACAACCACCCCAAAACCUGCUAACGAACCGUUUGGCUGCCUCAGCAAAGUUAAAUCCGGGUUUCUCUGAAAAGGGUCCUUGACGGUGUUUUUUUUUUCUUUCAUUGCUGCCCUUUGCUUCACGCAAUGCGCAUGAUGAUGAUACGGACGAGAAAGUCUAGCUAGGGCCAACCAUAGAUCGCUAGUUGAUUCACACAUUGCAUCACACAACACAAAAUACGGCUUUAUAGAGCAAACAGGGCGCCAUUUGCUGCAAAAUGUUGUUGAACGUUUGAAAAGUUUGAGACAAUACUUUUACACUCACACACACACACACCCACGGAAAACAAAAUAUGUGUGCGGAAAAUGUUAAAAAAAAUCCCCCCCUCACAGUCUGAAGGAAAGUUGAAAGUCCUCUGCUUCUCCGCUACAAGAAGCAUAUGAGCACAGAUGCGUGAACAACCAUUUGAAAGCUUGUGGAAGUUUGGUUUUUUGUUGCCUUUUUUUUUGUUCUGGUUUGUAUGCUUUUGCUGAGAUUGUAGAAAAAAAGGAGAAGCGAAUGUGUAAAUUGGCUUUGGGUUGGUUAACCAAAAGAAAAUUAAGAAGAGAAAAACAAAUCAAAAACAACUGUUUCGAAGAUGGGUUUAUGCGCACUGCACAUAAACACAAAGAUGAAUAUAUUUACGUACAUAUACAUAUACUAUUCUCUAUAUAUAUAUACAACAGUGCAAUAGCAUUCUUCUACUGUAUGUUUUAUUUUUUACAUACAAACACACACACGCAAAACACUUCUAUUCUAACUUAAAGCCUAUUUCGGACAAAGAAAAUAAAACAAACAAACACAGAACGAGUUCAAAACUCACCACUAUCGAAUGCAGCACAUCAUACAAAUAAUUCUAAAUAAGAAAAUGGUAGAGCGAAAAACGAAAGGGAGGGUAAAAGGAUAACAAUGGAAGAGAACAAUCUAAAGAGCUUAACAAUAUUGUAAAACAACAAAAGAAAGAAUACAUACAAAGCAAAACGAAACCAGAAAAAAGCACACACACACACACAGAUAUACAUAUAUACAUACCAAACAAGGUAAAAUGGCAUUUAAAAUAGAAAACACAAGAGGAAAGUCAACAAAUCAUAAAAGACGUAAAACAACACAGAAGAGGGAUAAUAUAGCUAUGAGUAAAAUAAGUAACCUGAAAACCCCCGGGCCCUGAAUUGAACUUUGUUAAAGUAGCUAUGAGUUAAGGGAAGGAACAGAAGAGAAAGAUAGAAAAGAAGAAAAAAAAAACAAGAGUGUUAAAGAGAAAGAUAGAGAGUGCGAAUGAAUUGAUAUAGAAGGUGCCUGCAUGCUUGAAUUGAACGCAUGGAUCAACGCAAGUAGCAUUGUUAGCAGUUUUACCGUUUGAUUUUGGAUCAUUUUUUGGCCUUAAAAUUUUAUUUACAAAAACUGAUUUAUUUUUUUAGUUAAAACAUGUUUGAAAAAAAAAAGAUUUGGAUUCCAAAAAUCAUAAUAAUGAAUUGCGAAAGCGAAGAAGUAUGUGUGUGUGUGUGUGCUUGAAGAAGGUGAUAAGAGCGCUUAAAAAGGUAAAAUUGUAAAAUGUUAAACUUGAAAACAGAAAAAACAGCAAAUGAAUUGAAAAAAAACACACAACACAAGCAAAGUGCUAUUUGUUCUAUUUGUAUAAUAUUGAGGAAGAGCAAGAGUAUGAAAGUACGGAGAGGAAAAGAAAUUGUAAAAAAGACAUACAUAUAAAACAGAAGAAAGAAAGACAAAUGAUAGCAGAGGAAGAAAACCAACCGAAACGAAAACGAAUAAGUUUACUCUGUUUAAACGAAGUACGAAUGAAUUAUUUGUUAAUAUUAAACCAACACGAAUGCCCCUCUCGUUGCCUCAUCACCUUCCACGUAGCUCCUCCCCCUUUAGUAUGUAGUAUUUUUUGUAGUAAUUUUAAAAUGUAUUUUAUUCCCACUUUUAUAAAAGCCUCGUUUUUAGCCAUUCCGCGUUCUUUUUUUUAAUGUACUUAGUCGGUUUAAGUCCUGUUACUAUUAAGUAGAUGAAUUUUGUC